AUGCUGCCGCCCUCACCUUGUGCGCCAGCACACACUUUGCUGGACGCGCUGCGCCAACGUAAGCUACGACAAGCAGAGCUAUCAAACAAGCGGGGCUGCUGCAGAUGUUGGUGUGGACUCCCUGGUUGUGGAUCGGCUCGGCAUCCAGAAGUCAUCACUUACAAAGCAGACUCUGCCGGGUGUGAUUGCAGUGGAUGGCUGCGCACAGUGCUUUCACUGCGCGGACGCCCAGUCCUACAUGCACUACCUCCUCUGCUUGCGGUCUCCGUCAUGGCGGUUGCCGCAACUAUCGUCAAGAGCUUUGAUCACGACUGGGUGUUUCCAGAACUGGAAGUAACCCUCAAAGAAGACUAUGCAUUGCUGCUAACUCCUUUGACUUUUUUGCUCGUGUAUCGACUGAACCGCUCAGCUGUGAGAUUCUACGAUGCAAGAGCCGCGGCGGGAAAACUCAUAGAGACCUGUCGCGUGCUUGCUGGGGAAACAGUCCGCUUUUGCGCCCAUGAUCCCUGGGCUUGUGAUGAGAUUUGCCGAUGGGUUGUAGCUUUUCCGGCUGCGACGCGGAACUUUUUGCGAGGGCAGUCCCACUUGGAGGAUUUUCAAGACAUCCUUUCGAGCUCGCAGAUUGAAGCUUUGAGCAAGGCUCCAGUGCAGACACUCUUUUGCUGUGAUCGGAUGCGCCAGGCGGUGCUUUCGGCGACGCGAAGCAACGUGACCGACCCAGCGCCGGUCGCGGCUGUGAUGCUGCAGACGCUGGAGGGCCACAUUACCACCUUAACAGGCUCCAUGGGUGCUAUGGAGAGGAUCAACAACACCCCGCUUCCUUUUGCCUAUGUGGCACACUUGCGCAGCUGCUUGACACUCUACUUACUUGGCCUGCCGUGGACGCUCAAGAUGCAUUCCUGGUGGUCGCUGCCGAUGGUGCUUCUGCUUAGCUACGCGCUUCUGGGGGUGGAAGCUGCCGCCGUCGCAUGCGAGCGCCCAUUUCAUGACCAGACGAACCACCUGCCUUUCCACACUUUUGCCACAGUCGUUGCAGAGAAUGUGCAGCAAAUCCUCCAAGACGCAGCUGACUGUCCCAACAAAGACCUGAUGGCAAAGACCCAGGAGCCUUGCAGAGGCCCUGCGCCUGAAGGGGACAGGUGUACACUCUAA